AUGCUACUUCUUGCGCUGCUGCUGCUGACCAUGCUGGCCGGCGCCUGCCUGCUGUGGGACAAGUGGAAGUACAGGAGCCUCCACCUCCCACCUCUUGCUCCUGGCUUCCUGCACCUACUGCAGCCCGACCUUCCCAUCUAUCUGCUUGGUCUGACUCAGAAACUCGGCCCUGUCUAUAGGCUCCGCCUCGGGCUGCAAGAUGUGGUGGUGCUGAACUCUAAAAGGACCAUUGAGGAGGCCAUGAUCAGGAGAUGGGUGGACUUUGCUGGCAGACCCAAGAUGCCCUCCUAUAAGCUGGUAUCUCAGGACCACCAGGACCUCUCACUAGGGGACUACUCCUUGCUCUGGAAGGCUCACAAGAAACUCACCCGCUCAGCCCUGCUGCUGGGCAUCCGCAACUCCAUGGAGCCACUGGUGGAGCAAAUGACCCGGGAGUUUUGUGAGCGCAUGAGAGCCCAGGCCGGCACCCCUGUGGCCAUCCAGAAGGAGUUCUCUUUCCUCACCUGCAGUAUCAUCUGUUACCUCACCUUUGGAGACAAGGAAGACACCUUAGUACAUGUCUUUCAUGACUGUGUCCACGAUUUGAUGAAAACCUGGGAGCACUGGUCCAUUCAAAUUUUGGACAUAGUUCCCUUUCUCAGGUUCUUCCCCAACCCAGGCCUCUGGAGGUUGAAGCAGGCCUUGGAGAAAAGGGACCGCAUUGUAGAGAAGCAGCUGAAGCAGCACAAGGACAGAAUGGUGGCAGGCCAGUGGAGGGACAUGACUGACUACAUGCUCCAAGGGGUGGGGAAGCCAAGAGCAGAAAGGGGCCAUGGACGGCUCCUUGAAGGACACGUGCAUAUGUCUGUGGUGGACCUUUUCAUUGGUGGCACUGAGACGACGGCGACCACCCUCUCCUGGGCUGUGGCAUUCUUGCUUCACCACCCUGAGAUUCAGCAGCGACUGCAGGAGGAACUGGAUCGUGAACUAGGCCCUGGGAUUUCGGGCUCCCGAGUCCCGUUCAAAGACCCUGCACGGCUGCCCUUGCUCACCGCCACCAUUGCUGAGGUGCUGCGCCUGCGACCCGUGGUGCCCCUGGCCUUGCCUCACCGCACCACUCGGCAUAGCAGCAUCUUAGGCUACGACAUCCCCGAGGGCACGGUUGUCAUCCCCAACCUGCAAGGCGCCCACUUGGAUGAGAACGUCUGGGAGCGGCCACACGAGUUCUGGCCGGAUCGUUUCCUGGUCCCAGGCGCCAGCCCCAGAGUUCUGGCCUUUGGCUGCGGGGCACGUGUGUGCCUGGGCGAGCCGCUGGCACGCCUCGAGCUCUUUGUGGUGCUGGCACGGCUGCUCCACACCUUCACGUUGCUGCCCCCCGCGGGCCCUCUACCCUCUCUGCAACCCAGAUCCCACUCUGGCGUCAACCUCACGAUGCAGCCUUUCCAGGUGCGGCUACUGCCCCGGGGAACAGACGUUCUGGGGCUGGAGCAGCCCCAGUGACAGGGCAGGACGCACGCCGGACACACGCCUCAGUUUCUCCUUUUAUUACUCCCGUACAAACCCCUUCCCUCCCCCCCUGUAAACAUGGUGCUGUGAGAUCGCUGACGGAGAAGGCUCCCUCCGGUGGCUGGAUAGUGAAGGUGGCCCCUGGCUCUUCUCUCAGCGCGACCCCUCAGUGCUCGGCAGUCAUACUGGGGCGCUGGAGAGGUGAGCGGUGGUCAGCCUCCCCGCACCUCUGGGGGCCGGUAGCUUCUUGGUCUCAGCUUCAUUUCCGUGAAGGGCACAGAGAACUCGAAGCCCUUCCAGUAGUACCAGCUCACGCCCUGGGAGAGGAGUCGUUGAGACAGAGUCAAAGGCAGACAUCCCAUCCGCUCUCACCCCCUGCCUGGUUCCCAGAAGUCAAUCACCCUUCCUCCCCCCACCCACUUUACGAUCCUCAACGGCAAAGACUGAGGCUUAAUCUGGGCUGGUCCUUCACUUCCAAUAAAUCGUGCUCAUCUCCCCCUUCAGA